AUGUCUACCACGACAGCCGUCCAGCUCGAAGCCAUCGGCAACGGUACACACAGUGAAGCUCCCUCGACCCUUCGUCCAAGAGCAGGACUCGCCGAAACCAGCUCGUCUCAUCACAAUGACUCGGAUGAUCCAGCUCUCGAAGCUUCUCGCAUUGCUGAUAGUACUGUCCCGGAUGGAGGCUAUGGCUGGGUUGUUAUCAUAGCCUGUUCGGUGGUUGCUUGGUGGGUGAUCGGAUUGAGUUAUGUCUGGGGUGUAUAUCAACGCGCCCUCGUCGAGAGAGGAGUCGGAUCACCUCUCGCUUUGUCCUUCUGCGGUUCCAUCUCCCCAGCGCUUAUGGCAACGGUCGGAAUUCUUGUCGCGAGGAUGAUUCGUUCCUUCGGGACGCGAAAGCUCAGCUGCGUGGGCAUUGUCCUCAUGGCUCUAUCCUUGAUCUGUGCGAGCUUUGUAACAGACCAUCUCGUGGGAUUGAUCUUCCUCCCCGGUGUGCCGUUGGGUCUGGGCAUGAGCGGCUGCUUCAUGUCGUUCUCUACUGCGCCCGCGCAAUACUUUGUCAAGAAGAGAGGGCUUGCAAAUGGAUUGAUCUACGCUGGAGGAGGCUUUGGUGGUGCGAUCAUGAGCAUCGCCACAGAUUCUUUGAUCGAGAGGUUCAACGUGGAGUGGGCUUUCCGCAUCACCGGGUUGUUGAUCUUUGUCACGGGCUUUCCAGCCGCGUUCCUCAUCAAGGAGAGAACACCUCUCGCCAAGACAGGCAUCGUGGACUGGAACCUAUUCCGUCAACUGAACUUCGCCAUCCUCUUCUUCGCAGCUGGCAUUGGCAUCUUCCCUCUCCUGGUCCCUCCUUAUUUCCUCCCCUUGUACUCUAGCUCAAUGGGCCUUAGCACAAGCACUGGUGCUGGCUUGUUAGCCGGCUUCAGUUUUGCAUCAGCUGUAGGCCGUAUCGUCAGUGGCUAUUUCUGCGACAAACUGGGCCCGGUGAACACUCUUGCAGCUUUCUUCUUGGGUAACUCGCUUACGAUGCUUGCUCUUUGGCCUGCUUCGACGACGCUUGCACCGUUAGCUGUCUUUGCUGUUCUGAACGGUCUGAUGAAUGGCGGUUUCUUCUCCUCGAUGCCGACCGUUGUCUCGAAUGUCUUUGGGUCAGCUCGUGUAUCUACGGCAAUGGCAAUGAUGAUUGUUGGCUGGGUGCUAGGUUAUCUCCUCGGAUCUCCCCUUGCCGGCUUUCUGCUUCAAAGUCACGGUGGUGCAGACGGUGGACUUGGUGCUUAUCGUCCGGCGAUGUUCUAUGCUGGGGCAAUGUCAGCUGUUGCGACUAUGUUGACAGCAUUCUUGCGAUGGAGAAUCAGCAGAAAGCUUCUCGCCAAGGUUUAG